CAGCCUUCUCCGGGGUUACCAAGUACUACCCCACGGUAUCGAACUCUCUCCGCAAUAGACGGCGUGCUUCCCCUAGGAAUGGGCCUGUCCGCUCACAGGGGCCGUGUGUCUGGCCUUCCAUGAUUUCCUCGUGGCAGUGGGUCGUUGCGCGUUCCGUACACUCCAUGCCCGUACUCGCUGCUUGGGCGUUGACCGCGGAGUGGAGAUAAAUACAUCGAGGUCACCCGCCUAAGAAACACACCUCCCCCGGCUCUCACCAAGUCUCUCUGCAAUCGUUCAAGUCCAAUCGUGCUCCUACUCGCUGCUGCACAGCCAUCAUCAUGGAGAAAUCCGACCUGCAGCACAUCGAGUCCGCCAACGACAGCCUUGCCCAGCAUGGCUACGACAAAGACCUCCAGGCCGACGGGCGCGCGGCCAAUGCCCACGAGCACGAAAUGACCGUCCGACAAACCCUGCGCGCCUACCCCUGGGCCGUCUUCUGGUCGCUCGUGGUGUCCAUGUCCGUCAUCAUGGAAGGCUACGACACGAUCCUCAUCGGCUCCCUCUACGGCUAUCCGGCGUUUGCGCGCUCCUUUGGGCAUUACGACGCCUCGACCAAGAGCUAUCAGAUUGAGGGCAAGUGGCAGGCUGCCAUGGGCUCCGGCCCGCAGGCCGGUGCGAUCGUAGGCGCUCUGUUGAAUGGCUAUCUCACCCCCAAGUUCGGCUUCCGACCCAUGUUCUUUGUCGGGUUGAUUCUCAUGAUCUCCUUUGUCUUCGUCUCCUUUUUUGGCUUUUCGGUGGAGUUGCAGGCGGUCGGGCAGAUUUUGUGCGGUAUCCCAUGGGGCAUCUUCGCUACCAUCGGACCGGCAUAUGCAUCCGAGCUCUGUCCGCUAGCCAUUCGCCCCUAUCUCACGGCAUACACCAACAUGUGCUUCGCCAUUGGGCAACUGGUCGGCGCGGGCGUGCUUAAAAGCCUCAUCGCCCGCACGGACGACUGGUCGUGGCGCAUUCCGUUUGCCAUCCAGUGGCUUUGGCCGCCGUUCCUGCUCUUCGCCGCGGUCUUCAUGCCGGAAUCACCGUGGUGGCUUGUGCGGAAAGGACGAUACCAAGAUGCCGAGCGCAUGGUGAAGCGCCUGAUGGCCCCGCAUGAGAAAGAGAAUGCGAAAGGCGUGGUGGCGAUGAUGACGCACACAAACGCAAUCGAAAUGUCCUUGGAGACUGGCACAUCCUAUCUGGACUGUUUCCGCGGCAUCGACCUGCGCCGCACUGAGAUUGCGUGUGUCGCUUUCUUGGGCCAGAUUACGUGCGGCGCGCAAUUCGCAUACUCCGCGACCUACUUCUUCGAGCAGGCUGGACUGGACCCUAGCGACGCGUACGCCGUCAACCUCGGCGACACCGCUCUCGCCUUCUGCGGCACGAUUGGCGCGUGGUUCCUCAUGCGGUACGCUGGGCGUCGCCAGCUCUACAUCUCCGGCAUGGGCGCCAUGUGCGUGUGUCUGUUCAUCAUCGGCUUCUUGACGUAUGUGCCACACAACGGGGGCGCGUGGGGCCAGGCGGCCAUGUGCUUCUUAUGGCUGCUGUCGUUCUCUCUGACCAUUGGACCCGUCGGCUGGGCCAUUCCGCCCGAAGUAUCGUCAACGCGCCUCCGAUCGAAGACCGUCGUGCUCGCGCGCAACAGCUACUACGUCGCGCAGAUCAUCGCCAACGUCCUCGAGCCGUACUUCAUCAACCCGACCGAAUGGGAUUUGAAGGGAUUCACGGGCUUCGUGUGGUUCGGCACGGCCUUUUGCAGUCUGGUGUGGGCUUUCUUCCGGCUGCCGGAGACGAAGAAUCGCACGUAUGAGGAGUUGGAUGUCAUGUUUGCUGGCAAGCUGCCGACGAGGAAGUUCAAGAAGUACACGGUCGACGCGUAUGAUGAGAGGCACACGCUGGAGGAGCGUGCGCGCGAGACGUAGGGGGGCGACGACUGUUUUGGGUAUGCACAUUGAAGCAUUAUUACGAUAGCUCGACGAAUCUAGCAAGUCUUGGGC